UUGCAGAAUGUUAAUAUAUAUUUUCUAUGGAAUGUCAUUCAGAAUGUAGGCUACGCUACGUCGCACGUUUUCAAACGUAAUUUUCCUUUAAGAUGAUGAUGUAAGACGUGACUCCCCAUUAUGUUUUUUCCACGCACCGCUGGAAAAACAUAAUCGUAACCGUUUUCACUCCAGUGCCAGCCUGACCGUUAUUUCUGCUCUCUUCUCUGCACAGCAGUUUGGAGACGUAGAGAUGAGAGCGCGCUGCACCGGCGUCCGGAUUCCAUCUUCACUUUCAGAAAAGAAUAGCACGCGCACGGCAAUUUCAGCACAGUCUCUGUGGACAGCGAACGUGCCAUUGAUUCGGGCAGAUAAAGUUACACUGGACUGUUAAAAAACAAGGACAGGAGCUUGCCUUGCAGAAUCAAAGAAGUUUGACAUUUUUAUCCAGAACGGACUGAAGUGCAGAGGUGAUCAAUUAUAUGUUCAAUUGAUUAUGGAAUAAUGGUGAUUUCACGAUGAUUUCACUGUAUGAUUAUAUUAAUGGACUCACAGCAAUGGAUGUGUGUAAAAAUAUGCGUGCACUGCAUGUGGUGACCGAUUUAAUUCAACAGAAGACAUGCACAUUCCAUCCCAUAUAGAUUGAAAACUUUUUGUGAACAUCUGCGCGCCGCACCUUGACCGGGAUUUGGUUUUAUGCAUGAACUAAAAAUGGCACUGAGUGAGAAUUGUAAAACCCAGCCGGCUAAAGAAACAGGGUCGGUGCAAAACCCGCCGUCUGAUGUUAUUGAACUAAACGUAGGAGGACAGGUAUACUAUACUCGUCUCCAUACUUUAACAAGCAUCCCCAAUUCCUUACUGGGACGGUUAUUCUCCACCAAGAAGGGGUCCUCGUCGAACGACUUGGCGCGGGACCUCAGGGGACGUUAUUUUAUCGACAGAGAUGGUUUUUUGUUCAGAUAUGUAUUGGAUUAUUUGAGAGAUAAGCAGGUCGUCCUACCCGAUCACUUCCCGGAGAAAGGAAGGUUAAAACGGGAAGCAGAAUACUUUGAACUGCCCAAACUGGUCAAACUGUUGGUUUCCGAGGAAUCUAAAACAUUUCAGGACGACCCGUUUCACAGUGAUUUCGACGACGCGUCGCUAAACAGCGACCAGAGGAUAUAUUCCUCAUACUCUCUGGACGGGAGAUAUGGAUACAUAACCGUCGGUUUCAAAGGCACGUGCGCGGCACCGGGGGGCAAAGACAGUCAGAUUGACCCCAAAUCCAAAAAAGUAGUACCCAGAAUCUUCAUCAGUGGAAGGAUCGGCCUCGCCAAAGAGGUGUUUGGAAACACCCUGAAUGAGAGCCUAGACGCAGACAGGGCUGCGGACAGGUACACCUCCCGGUUCUUCCUCCGGUUCUGUCACCUGGAGCGGGCCUUUGACAUGCUGUCGGAGAGCGGGUUCCACAUCGUUGCCUGUAACUCGUUGCUCACCGCCUCUUCCAUCAGCCAUUACGCACCUGAGAAAGUAUGGUCCAAUUUCACGCAGUACGUCUUCUACCGUGGCCCAUGCAGGUGGUCUUUAUCCCACUGCGACUGCUGCUGCAAGAGCCACAAGAGUGAGCGCGAGGGAGAGAGUGGCACAUCUUUGAACGAGCUCUCUACUUCCUGCUCCGAGACCCAAUCAGAAGCUAGCUCCCCUCAGGGCACUGUCAUCUGUAGUUCCGUCAGCCGUCAGCCUCACCCCGUCGCCCAGACCCUGGACCGGCCACUGAAGAAAGGGCCCGUUCAGCUGCUCCAGCCGUCGGAGAUGAGGAGGAAGACGGACCAGCUCCGGGUGAGGACCAUGGGGAUCAGGGAGCACCGGGAGGCUGCAGCCAAGAGGAAAGCCAACAAGGAGAAGUUAACACCGGAGCAGGAGCUGGAGAGGUGCAUCCAGGACUUCCACAGGAUCAGGAUUCCUGAACGCUUCCCCGAGAGGAAGUACAUGUGGCAACAAGAACUGCUGAGGAAGUACCGUCUCUAAGGAGAGGGAGGGAGGGAGCAAUACAAAUCAAAUUGUAUUGGUCACAUACUCCGAAUACAACAGGGGUAGACUUUACAGUGAAGUGCUUAUUUACAAGCCCAUUCCCAACAGUGAAGAGUUAAAAAGUAAGAUAAAUAUUUGGAAAAAUUUAUAUAAGGAAAUAGUAACACGUUUACUACAAUUACACAAACCGAGUCAAUGUGCAGGGACACGAGGUAGUUAUGAGGCUAUAUAUAAGGAGUACCAGUACUGAGUCAAUGUGCAGAGGUACGAGGUAGUUAUGAGGCUAUAUUUAAGGAGUACCAGUACUGAGUCAAUGUGCAGGGGUACGAGGUAGUUAUGAGGCUAUAUAUAAGGAGUACCAGUAUUGAGUCAAUGUGCAGGGGUACGAGGUAGUUAUGAGGCUAUAUAUAAGGAGUACCAGUAUUGAGUCAAUGUGCAGGGGUACGAGAUAGUUGAGGUAUUACAGUAUUAUUACAUGUGGGUAGGUAUCAAAGUGACAAGGCAAUCAGGAAAUAGUAACACAGGAAAUAGGAACACAAUAAAAACAACAGCGAGGCUAUAUACAAGGGGAAAGGAAGAGAGAGAGAAAGAGGGAUGGAGGGCUCCAUUUCUUUGCAGGGUAUUAGCUAAAGACUAAUAGCACUCUCAACGACAAUCAUGUACUGUAUUAAAGAAAAUGAAGAAAUCAAGGACACUGUAUUGCCAGCAUGUAUAGCAGAGCACAGUGAAUCUAGCACAAAACGAGGCCACAUUUGUCGAGGGUUUGUGAUGUGUGCACAGUGUCUUUUUGUGAUAUGCACGUGUGUUAACCAGGUUGGGGUUCAAAUCCCAGUCACGACAGGGGACACUUUAGCACAACCACAUGUGGCUAACCAUGUGAAGUCAUUGUUAGCCUGUCAAGCUAAAGGCUACAUCACCUGUUCAAGCAACAAAGCAACCUCAGGGUCAAUGGGAUACACCGCAAUCAGCUCACCAACCUCCAUCACGAUCACAAGCUCCAUCAACAAAGGUGCAGUUACAGCUAGCUAAUGCUUGUUGUGGAACGAAUUAGUAGCCACGAUGUCAGUCAUUUUCUAUUGGUGUAUCAGUAUGUACAGAAGGAAAGGACUAUCGCUGCGUCUCCGGUUCACAGUUAGUCACAGUGGGUCUAUGGAAAGUGUCAGAAUGGGUUUGUGGUUCUGUCAGGCAGAAUCAUCACAGAAGAAGUGGACUCUGGAUCUCUCACAGAUGUCACAUCUGUUUAUUGUACUACAACAACAGCCCUGCAUGUCGUUUCAUGGUAUCAGACUCAUAUCAGUAGACUAUAGUGUCUGUAAUAUGGUAUGAGACUCAUAUCAGUAGACUAUAGUGUCUGUAAUAUGGUAUGAGACUCAUAUCAGUAGACUAUAGUGUCUGUAAUAUGGUAUGAGACUCAUAUCAGUAGACUAUAGUGUCUGUAAUAUGGUAUGAGACUCAUAUCAGUAGACUAUAGUGUCUGUAAUAUGGUAUGAGACUCAUAUCAAUAGAUUAUAGUGUUAGUAAUAUGGUAUGAGACUCAUAUCAGUAGACUAUAGUGUCUGUAAUAUGGUAUCAGACUCAUAUCAGUAGACUAUAGUGUCUGUAAUAUGGUAUGAGACUCAUAUCAGUAGACUAUAGUGUCUGUAAUAUGGUAUGAGACUCAUAUCAGUAGACUAUAGUGUUAGUAAUAUGGUAUGAGCAUCAUAUUUAAUAGAUGCCGUUCAUUUGUUAUGUGGUGGAUAAAUCCAAGGGUGCCUCUGAAGUUGCAUUCUAUUCCCUAUAGAGUGCACUACAGAGGGAAUAGGGUGCCAUUUUGGGACGCCACCCAAUACUGUAUGUCAUGGUGACUGAGUGAGGCCAACUUCAUUGUUGAGCACUGACUGAUUGUCUGUUUGCUAUUGUAAACAUUCUUGUCAUGUAUGUGUAGCAUAGGAAAACAUGUAGGUUGACUACAGUAGUAAUGCUGAUGGGUGUUCUAAGAUCCUCCCCCUGAUGGGUAUUCUAAGAUCCUCCCCCUGAUGGGUAUUCUAAGAUCCUCCCCCUGAUGGGUAUUGUAAGAUCCUCCCCCUGAUGGGUAUUCUAAGAUCCUCCCCCUGAUGGGUAUUGUAAGAUCCUCCCCCUGAUGGGUAUUCUAAGAUCCUCCCCCUGAUGGGUAUUGUAAGAUCCUCCCCCUGAUGGGUAUUCUAAGAUCCUCCCCCUGAUGGGUAUUCUAAGAUCCUCCCCCUGAUGGGUAUUGUAAGAUCCUCCCCCUGAUGGGUAUUCUAAGAUCCUCCCCCUGAUGGGUAUUCUAAGAUCCUCCCCCUGAUGGGUAUUCUAAGAUCCUCCCCCUGAUGGGUAUUCUAAGAUCCUCCCCCUGAUGGGUGUUCUAAGAUCCUCCCCCUGAUGGGUGUUCUAAGAUCCUCCCCCUGAUGGGUAUUCUAAGAUCCUCCCCCUGAUGGGUGUUCUACGAUCCUCCCCCUGAUGGCUAUGCUAAGAUCCCCUGAUUGUAAGUGUUCAAAAAAUCUAUUAAAUGAGUUAAAAAUGCAA